AUGGCUCAGUCGCUUGCAACCACACGCCUACCGCCGCUGCUGCGGCUGCUGCUGGUAGUAGCGAUGGUGGUGUUGUGUGCGGGAGUGGCGCGGGUGAGCGGGCUAUACGAGGACCAGGUGGGCGCGUACGACUGGGUGCAGCCGCGCAUAGGCGGGGUUCGCUUCGCGGCGUUCCUCACCUCCUCGCAGCGCAAGCGCGUGCUCGUGGGGACCGACAGGAACGUUAUUGCGGCGCUGAACCUCCGCACGGGGGACAUCGCGUGGCGUCGUGUGCUAGGGGACAAGGACACCCUCCAUGCGCUGGAUAUGGGCGGCAGAUACCUCGUCACACUGUCUGGCACCGAGGCAGCAGCAGUGCGGGCGUGGGCUGUGCCAGAUGGGACCCUCGCAUGGGAAACCAUGUUGCCACUGCCUUCCGCUGCAGAAGGGGGGGGCGUGACUGCGAAAUUUAUCACCAUUCCGGCCACUGACAGUUCCUCACCAGACCGAGUGGUGGUCCUGCUUGGAUCAGCAUCAGCAUCAGCAGCAGAAGCAGCUGAACCAGCAGCAGCACGAAUAGCAUCGGAGGUGCAUUGUUUGUCGGCUGCUACAGGCGAGGUGCUCUGGUCUGCUACCCUGUCCACCCACGCCCACACCAUCUCCCUCCUCCCGCAUGGCCCCAUCCUCCUCACUAGCCUCUCCCCCUCGCUCUCCUUCUCCCUCACCAAUCUCGACGCCGCCUCUGGCAAAACCACUGCCACUGCUGCUUCUCCUCCCUCCUCUUCCUCCUCAUUUCCUCGCCCUGCUGCGUAUGUUACGGCUACUGGCACUUCAGUGGCUGUGGAUUCGGCUUCUGGUAGUAUUCUCACUGUCUUGCUGGUUACUGCUGAUGCUAAUGCUACAGCCGCUACAGUGCAAGUGCACAGCACCCCCCUCGCCUCUCUCUUACCCAAGGAGCACUACCAGUCAGGAGUCUCUGCUGCUGUGGUGCCAGAAAAAGCCCCAGGAAACUUCUUCUGGCUGUCUGUGCCAGGAGCUGUGUUUCUGCUGUCGGCAGGGGCGGCAGACGGGCAGGCUGGGUCGGCAGGACAGGUGUCGCUCGUUAAUUCGUUCCCUGGGUUUAGCGCUGUUAGUGCGAGCGUUGCAGGAGGUGCGACAGGGGCAGGAGCAGGAGCAGGAGCAGGAGGAGGGGAGGGAGCGGAAGGAGGAAGUUUUUAUUCCGGUCUUGUGGGGUCGCAAAGCAGUGGUGAUACCUUGAAGUUUCACACGCAGGUGAAUCAGCUGCUUCCCUCCUCCUCCUCCCCCUCCUCCUCUCCUCCUGCCGUCCUAUCAGACUCUGUCUCUGUGCCAUCCCAUCGCGGCCCCCCUGUUCGCGUUUUCCUCAAUGCCUACUCAAGGGCAGCAGGGGCAGGGGGCAGGGGGCGGGUCAAAGAUGAGAAGGCGGCAGGAGAGGGGACGGCGGGUGCGUUUGGGUUCAGGCUUCUGGUGGUUGGAGAGGAUGAUUCGCUCUCUCUGCUGCAGCAGGGAGAGGUGGUGUGGGAGAGGGAGGAAGCUCUAGCGUCAGUGGUAGCAGUAUCAAUAGCAGAGCUACCGGAGGAGGAGGAGGAGCUGUCAGUGGCAGCAGUGGAGCAUGACAUCUACGAGUGGGCUCGCACGCACGUCCUCAGGGCCAAGGUCUCUCUCAAUCUCGGUUCAGCGGAGGAGCAGGCGCUGGUGCAUCGCCUGCGCACCGCCUCCCCUGAAAAGAUCAAGCCUUUCCGGGAUAGGAAUGGGUUUCGGCGCAUUCUCCUGCUGCUGACCGCGCCAGGUGGCGGCAACAGAGGGGCAGGUGGCGGCAGUGGAGCGUCAGGUGGAAACAGCGGAAGGGGGAUGGGGAAGCUGUUUGCGUUGCAUUCAGGGGAUGGCCGGGUGCUGUGGGCUGCUGCGCUGCCGUCAGGUGGCUCUUCAGGUGGAAGGGGCGCAUCUGUGUUUUCACCUGAAGCGCUGGUGCUGUGGAGGGACCCUCACCGCAUGUCACCUGACCAAACACCUGAAGCUCUGGUGCUGCAAACCAAGCAGCAGAAGCAGGAGCAGCAGGAAGUGGGGGAUAGGGAGGUUGCGCAUGCGGCGUUGGUGACUGUAGUGAAUGGGCACACGGGGGAUGUGCUUGAGUCGAAGGGCUUGCCGUUUGUGCCCCGUCUCGUUGCCCCCUUGCCCCUGGUGGGGAAAGACGAGCGUCGGCUGGUGAUGCUGGUGGAAAAGGCAGAGAGGAAGGAGGAAGAGGGGAAUGAGGGGCAAGUGAAGAAAGAGGAGACAGGUGGGAAAGAACAGGGACAGAAAGGGCAGGAGAAGGGCGGUGCAGCAGCAGCAGGAGGGGGGAAGGCGCGGCUGUAUGAGCCUGUGGGAGUGCAUGUGUUCCCAGGGACGGAGGAGGCGAGGAGCCUGUUUGAGGGGCACAAAAAGGAGGUGUUCUUUUACCAGGUGGACACUGUAACGGGGGCUGUGGAGGGGUAUAGCAUUGGAGAGGAGGUGAAGGAUGAGGCUGGGAGUGGUGGGAGCGGCGGGAGGAGCGAUGGUGGGAGGUUGGGAGGGGGGUUGGUGUAUGGAGCAGUGUUGGUGUGGCAGGUGGUUCUGCCUGCUGGCUCGGAGGUCAUUGCAGCCAUUGCUGCGCCUAAGAGAGAGGAGUCUCAGCACACCCAAGUGCGGGCCCUGGGAGAUCGCAGUGUGCAGUUCAAGCUACUUUCCAAGAACCUUCUCUUCCUCGCCACCACCACUCCUCCUGCCACCGCCGCUGCCUCUGCUUCUGCUUCUGCAGGCGCAGCAGGGGCAGGAGGGGAGGAGGCGGGAGCAGUGGUGGUGUAUGUGAUUGAUACGGUGGGAGGGAUGGUGGUGGAGAGGGUGGUUCACGAGGGCAUGCAAGGGCCAGUGCACGCGGUCAUGGCAGAGAACUGGGUGGUAUACCAUUACUUCAACCCUGCUGCCUCUCGCUACGAAGUCUCCACUAUAGAGCUCCUCGAUACCUCGCUUAAGGACGUCCCCGUUAUAGACUACCUCAAAUACGGCCUCAGCAUCCCCGGAGCGUCCAACCUCACAGCACCGAUCUCCGCAGCAGAAAUUCCCUGGGGAAGGGUGAUGCGACUGAGGCAGAGUUACUACUUCCCCUAUGCGUUGAGGUGUAUUUCGGUGACUUCCACGCUUGCGGGAAUCACAAACAAGCAUGUGCUUUUUGGUACAGCGCUCGAUCAGGUCUUGGCUCUGGACCGUCGAUUCCUGGAUCCCCGUAGGGUGCCAGAGCCGUCACAGCAGGACAAGGAGGCGGGAAUCAUGCCUUACAGUGACUCGCUGCCUGCUCCUGGACAGGCCUAUCUGACCCAUCGCUACCGCAUUGAGGGACUGAGGCACAUCUUGUCCUUCCCCACACGGCUCGAGUCCACCACCCUGGUCCUAGCUCACGGCCUGGACCUCUUCUUUGUGCGCACCGCUCCGUCUCGAGUCUUUGACUCUCUGGGGGAGGAUUUCAGCUUUGCACUGCUGCUGGGAACCAUUGCUGUGCUGUCUGUUGCGAUUCUGGUCACCUGGGGGCUGUCUAGGAAGCAGGAGCUCAAGCAGCGGUGGAAACUGGGGCAGCUGAGGUGCUCGCGCUCCGGUAUUUUCGCCGCUUCAGUUCUGCACGCAAUGGCGUUAGUCCCUAUCCUUAGCCGUUUUAAAGCCAUAGUUUUGCCCGCGCGCUCCGAGCCGCCGUUCCCCCUGGAGAGCCUCCCCGACGACGUUCUCGCGCUCGUCCUCCGCUCGCUCGCGCAGACCUCCUUCCGCCACGCGCUCGUUUCGCCCUCCCCACUGGAGCGCCUUCCCGACGACAUGUUCGCGCAGACCUCCUUCCGCCACGCCGCGCUCGUGUCGAAGCGCUGGCUCCGCCUCGCCACGUCCGCGCUCUCCCACUUGACCGUUCAGCACCGCGGGUUUUCAAAUGAUUCUAAAAUUGAGACGCAUCCGUUUGAGCGCGACCGCUGCGCGGAGCUUGCGUGGCUUCCGCUUCCGCGCCUUCUUUCCGCGCUGCGCCGCUUCCCCGCCCUCACGCACGUGUCGCUGGGCGAAAUUUCCAUCUUAUCCGCCGACGGCGACGCGCUCUUCCACUGUCUGGCCGCCACGUGUCCGCGCCUGCUCCAUCUAACGGUGGAGCACCAGUUUGGAAUGUCCGUUACUGUAGACGGCCUCGCGUCGCUCUUCCAGGGAUGUCGCAAGUUAAGGGAACUCUUUCUUCUCACCACCAACGGCCUCCCGCAUCUCCCGCCGUCCCUCUCGCUCCUCACGGAUCUCCAAACGCUCCACGUGUGCUCCCGUACUCGCUAUGGCCACGACUCGUUACAGGAGCUCGUUUCGCCGCCCGAGAGCAUCGGCGCGCUGCAGCAGCUGCGCGAGUUGCGGAUCGGCGUGGGACUGUGUUUCCGCGGUCUCGGACUCGAUCAGAGCGUGGGCCUUUUGCGUGGUACCCUUCGCAAGCUGAGCAUUACUAGUGCCAUCAUCUCGCCAGCGCGUUCCGAGCCGCCCUUCCCCCUGGAGAGCCUCCCCGACGACAUUCUCGCGAUCGUCCUCCGCGCGCUCGCGCAGACCUCCUUCCGCCACGCCGCGCUCGUGUCCAAGCGCUGGCUCCGCCUUUCCACGGCCGCGCUCUCCCAUUUGAAUGUUCAGCGUCGCAGUUCUAAUUACUCGUCUGCGGGGGAACUUUAUCUUGACAGCAACGCGCUGCACAAGUGGCUCAGGUUCCCGCGCCUCGUUUACGCGCUGCGCCGCUUCCCCGCCCUCACGCACGUGACUCUGGGCGAGUUUUCCAUUUCUUUCGUCGCCGUCGACGACGACGACGCGCUCUUCCACUGUCUGGCCGCCACGUGUCCGCGCCUGCUCCAUCUAACGCUGGAGAAUCAGCUUGGCAUGAGGGUUACUGUAGACGGUCUCGCGUCGCUCUUCCAUGGAUGCCGCAAGCUCAGGGAACUGCGUCUACUCACCACCACAUGCCUCCCGCAUCUCCCGGCGUCCCUCUCGCUCCUCACGGAUCUCCAAACCCUCCACGUGUGCGCUGCUCGGCACUUUGGCCACGAUUCGUUACAGGAGCUCGUUUCGCCGCCCGAGAGCAUCCGCGAGCUGCAGCAGCUGCGCGAGUUGCGGAUCUGCGCGGGAGCGAAUUUUCGAGGUCUUGAUGAGUGGGUGGGCUCCCUGGGUAACCUCCGAAAGCUGAGCAUCAGUAACCUCUCUUCCGACACUGUCACGAAGCUUCCUGGCGCAAUUGGCGACUUGGCUCUUCUGGAAACCCUAGAAAUGAAACUGGAUGGGCUCGAGAGCAUUCCGGAUUCCUUUGAGCACCUGACCGGGCUGAAAACCCUCUCGCUCCAAUGCAGACGUUUGCGAUGCCUGCCCGAAAAGUUUAUGGCGGUGCUGACUCAGCUGCAGCAUCUUUCGCUCCGCGACUGUCCUUCCCUCGAAAGCCUCCCAGAGAGCAUCUCCCUCCUCCCUCUCUCCUCCCCCAACCUCUCCUCCUCCUCCCCUGUGACCCCGCUUUCACACCACAUCGUUGACAACGCUUCAGAUGGUGCUGCCCGCGCUGGAGAACCUGCCCCAGUGAUUUUGGGAAAGCAGCCUGCCGGCAUGCUUGGAAAGGCUGAGUCUGACGCGGUGCGAGAAGCUAAAGGGGCUUCCUCCCUCACUGUACUCGCUGACACGUUUACAAUCACUCAAUUUCGAGUCAUGCUUGUCAAUUUAGGUAGAGUCAAGGCAUCAGAUUUCCAGUGA